AUGGGUGUGUGUGGGAUGGUGUUCAGGGUGGAGGUACUGUGCAAUGGCCGGCGGCACACAGUGGCGAAGCGCUACAGCGAGUUCCAGGCGCUGCACAAGCGGAUCAAGAAGACCUGCAAGGUCCCCGACUUUCCCCCGCGCCGUGUCCCCAACUGGAUGCCCAAAGUGCUGGAGCAGCGCCGGCAGGGCCUGGAGCUCUACAUACGGGGUGUCCUCUACCACAAUGAGGAGCUGCCCCAGGACGUGCUGGACUUCCUGAAGGUGCGGCGGUGCCAGCAGGACCCCAAGGCCACCAGCCCACCCACUGUCCACCUGCCCUCCCAGCGGCCCGUCAUCGGCUUCUGCACUGACCCCUAUGUGCACCCACCGGGCACCGACCUGCUCCCCGACACCGUCCUCAGUGGGGUGCUGCAGGGUCUCUACCUCCCUUGGAGGUGCAGCCCCCACCAGGCAGCACCUCUGGCCCCAUGCCCACCGGGGUCCUGA